AUGAAGUCAAGAGAAAAAGGCAGAUUAUCCUCACAACCCGACGCCAAUCCGAAGAAUGUGAGCUCAAUUGUUAUACAAAAUGGAAAAGAUUUGGAAGUAUCAAAUAUUGGAGUUCCAAAUGACAAGAAUGAGGACGGCAUUGAGAAAGAAAUAGAGCAAGUUGCCGCUGAAACAUUGAACAAGGUAACUUUCGAUACACCUACUAGUACUAAAACUAAUGUUGCACCGUUUCCUUGCAGGUUGGAGAAACCAAAGAAGGAUGACAAAAAUAAGGAGAUGAUGGAGAUGUUUCGAAAGGUGGAAUUGAACAUACCCUUAUUGGAUGCAACAAGCAAGUGCCGAAACUACGUGGAGACGAAUGCAUUAUUGCUGGCGAAAGCGUAUCUUCCAUUUUACAACGUAAGCUUCCUCCUAAAUGUGGAGAUCCAGGAAAUUGGAAUUAUUAUUCAACUAGCCGAUAGGACAAAUGCUUACCCUGAAGGAAUGAUUGAAGAUGUCCUAGUGCAAGUUAACGAAUUAAUCUUUCCGGUUGAUUUUUAUGUGCUUGAUAUGCAUGAUGAUAAUUUUCCAAAUCCUGCACCGAUUUUACUAGGUAGACCAUUUAUGUGCACCGCACAAACUAAAAUUGAUGUGAAACAAGGUAUACUUUAUAUGGAAUUUGAUGGUGAGAAAGUGCAAUUUAAUAUUUUCGAUAUUAUGAAAUACCUUGAAAAAUCUAAUACGUUGUGCAGUGUGAAUGUUAUUGACAAAGAUAUGCAAAAAGUCUUGGGAUUGCAUGAUAAAUCAAUUUUGGAUAUAAAAUUGAAGCCUCAUUCGAAUCAACUGAAGUUGGAGCAUGCUCAAUUAAAUAAUGAUGAUGUGAAUCUUGCAGAGAAAGUUUUUUGUGAGUAA